AUGGCAGCAGUAACCAAUUCUGAUAUAUCAAGCGUGCCCACCAAGAUAGAGAUUGUUGACAAGUUAAAGGCAAGCAGUGGAAAUGUUACUACCACAUAUGGUCUUUCAGACCAAGUCACUCUUCUGCAACAUGAUUCCGCAUUUGCCUCAUUGAUUGGCGAAGCACCGUCGCAUGCACUCCUAUUUUCUACCGCUGGCUCGACCAACAACCCUUUCUUUCACGAAGCUUGUGUCCUGUUACCCGACCACGAUGAGCUUUAUGUCACAUCAAACCUCCUACAAGCUACUAGUUCCGCAAACUUCCCAACUAUUCUGAUAUCUAGAAUUAAGCUCCAUCGCAAUGACGACGGAAGUAUCAAAUCUGCUGAGUGGGCUAAAAUGCGUCCACCACCAGGCAUUGACAUGCCGAAUGGUGGUGUUAAUUAUCAAGAUGGUAUUCUAUUUUGUGCUCAAGGAAAUAGAAGCGCAGGCUCAGGUGGUAUUUAUCAUAUGCCCAGAUCUUCACCUCCGAAACCGAUGGUGACGAAUUUUCAUGGAAGACAAUUCAAUUCUGUGAAUGAUGUCGUGGUGGCUAAAGAUGGUAGCAUUUGGUUUACAGAUCCAUGUUAUGGAUGGGAGCAAGAUUUCCGAUCAAAGCCCAAACUGCCUUGCCAAGUAUAUAGAUUCAAUCCCAUUACGGGAGAUAUUAGAGUUGUAGCAGAUGGAUUUGGUAGACCAAAUGGAAUUGCUUUCUCACCGGAUGAGUCAUUGGUUUAUAUUACGGAUACAGAUCAGAUCCACGGAGAUGGAAAUGAGGAUUUGACGCGUCCUGCAACUAUCUAUGCUUUUGAUGUUCACAUGACAUCAGGCGCGCCCUUCCUCGCCAACCGAAGAGUUUUCACAUAUGCAAUCGACGGCUUCCCGGAUGGCAUCAAAUGUGAUGUUCACGGUAAUGUAUACUCUGGCUGCGGCGAUGGCGUUGAAGUCUGGAAUCCAGCCGGGACUUUGAUUGGUACUAUUUUAGUUCCUGGCGGCGUAGCAAACUUUUGCUUUGGAAAGAAUGGAGAAAUGUUCUUGUGCGCCGAACAGAGAUUUUGGAGAUUACAGUUGGCAAGCACUACAAAAGGCGCAUUACUCGAGAGCCAGCAGACUCAGCAAUCUGUUAUCCACAGCUUUCAAGACCCAUCUCCUCAAAUACACCAUAGUACCGAUCAUCCAAGCUACCAACAUUCAAACCACCAAUAUAGCAUCAAAACCCACGAUUCUCCCUCAUCGUACGCAGUCGAAGGUUAUGAUAUCCAAGAUCCCAGUACCCAAAACUUUGCGCAUAAUUCAAGACGAACCCUCUUCAACACACCCAUACAAAGACCUCGCAGCACCAGUAAUCCAGAACUUCAAUUCACUAUUCCCGGAAUUUCCACACCAGAGGAAAAUAACCCGAGAAGCCAGUCCGGAAACCAAGGCUCUUAUUCUAUUCACCGAAGAUGCAGUGAAGACCGUGACAUCAAUCUCGAGGGUCAGUAUUCCAGCACCCAAAACCCAAGGAAUCAUUCAAAGUACAAUGUAGACAACAAUCUUGCAGACAGACAUCGCAGAACCAGUGAUACCCACGAUCAACACUCUACUCUCUACCUCGAAGAUCAAGCAAAUGACUCACAGAGCACAUAUUCAACUACUCAAGACGCACAUCAAAACACAAACUCAGAACCAACCUGCGCGCUAACACAGAGACCGCGGCGCAGAAGCCAUCGAGGAAACGUAACCCCUCCAGCCAAGCCUCUAUGCAAUUCACAGGAUUACACAAUCGAUGAUAUGGAAAGCCAGCGUUUCAGAGCCCCAAGAUCACCUACUAUCACCAUCGACCUCGAUUUCUCUGGAGUUAUGCAGACGCUUCGAAGACCGAUAGAUUAUUUUGGAGGGAAUAAGGAGGAGAUGAAGGAGAUGUGA